AAGCUCAGUACGAGUUCGACUUUUAGGUGUAGCUGACGUUAUUUCCACCACGGUGGUCGACAUCGAUUUUUCCGUACUUUUCCGGUAAAAAAAAAAGUUCUGUUAUAUUUCGGAGUGUAUGUACAUACAUCUUAAUAGUGUUUAAACGUACUCAUUCAAGCAAGUAAAAAAAGCAAUAAGAAAAUGUGUAAAGAAGUCAAUUCGAGUAAUAAGCUUUAAUAGUUUGCAAAAUGUUGAAAAAUCGAUAAUUACUCUCAACCAACGUUAACAAUACCUUGCAGCGAAUCGACAAUUACGGUCUUCUUUUGGUCCAGAAAAGAAACAAUUAAACUAUACUCUUGAAUCAACGUUCAAGAACUUUUUACAAUUAGUUCGUAACAAAAAGUAAUCGAGUUUAAAGAAAUUAUAUACACACAUACAUUUGAAUAAAAUCAAUACAGCUCGUGAAACUUAAUUCUCUCAAGAUGUCUGUGAUGACGCCAGAAAAAUCGCUUUUAGCGUACUUUAAUCACUUUAUAGUGAGCAAGUUUUCAUAUUUACUGGAUGAGAUUGAUGGCUAUUUAUAUUAUUUUGGCGGCACUGCAGGCGUUGUGACCUUGACUGGUCUCGCUGCUGCGACAGCCUAUUAUUUCGCAUCACGUCCCAUACCGGAAAAGCCGUUAGUGCCUCUGGAUAAUCAAGCGCCCAUUUUGGAGGGUCCUGAUCACAUACAUGUCUCGAAAUUCUACAAAGAAGCCAAAAAUGGCAAAUUCAUCAGCUACAUUACCGAGAAUGUGCGCACCCUGUAUCAGACAUUUCGCGAAGGUGCCUACUCCUCCAACAAUGGACCGUGCUUGGGUUGGCGCGAGACUCUCACAUCACCAUAUCAGUGGAUCAAUUACGAUGAGGCGUUGUUGCGCGCCAAAAAUUUCGGUGCUGGCAUGAUUGCCUUGGGUGCGCGUCCCAAGCAGUUGGUUGGCAUUUAUUCACAGAACCGGCCUGAGUGGAUUCUCUACGAACAGGGUUGUUACUGCUUCUCGUUGGUCGUUGUGCCGCUGUACGAUACGCUCGGACCAGAAGCGUGCGCGUUCAUUAUGCGUCAAACGGAAAUGUCGCUAGUUGUUGUGGAGGACGAUGCUAAGGCUUUGCUGAUUUUGGAUAAGGCGCCGCCCACUUUGAAGAUUGUAGUGGCUAUCAAGCCAAUACGUCAACAAACAUUGGAUCGCGCCAGAAGUCGUGGUAUACAGAUCUUCUCGUUCAUCGAUGUAGAGAAAUUGGGCGCCAAGGGCAACCAUCCAGAGGUGCCACCGGUCUCCGAGGACUUGUGCACCGUUUGCUACACAUCCGGCACAACCGGCAAUCCGAAAGGUGUAAUGCUGACGCAUGGCAAUGUGGUGGCCGGCGUGUGUGCGGUGAUCUUGCAAAUGGGUGAACACCGAAUUCGCGCCGGCGAUGUAAUGAUAUCGUUUCUGCCAUUGGCUCACAUGUUCGAGCGCUGCUGUGAGAAUGGCAUCUACUAUGUAGGUGGUUGUGUUGGCUUCUACUCGGGCGACAUCAAAGAGUUGACCAAUGACCUGAAAAUGCUGAAACCGACCGUUAUGCCGGCUGUGCCGCGUCUGCUCAAUCGAGUGUAUGACAAAAUCCAGAAUGAGAUUUCCUCCUCGGCGAUUAAGCGUACGCUGUUCAACAUGGCGCUCAAGGCCAAGGAAAAUGAGUUGUCGCGUGGAAUUAUGCGACGAAAUGGUUGCUGGGACAAGCUGGUUUUCAAAAAGGUACACCAAGCUUUUGGCGGAAAUCUGCGUUUAAUGGUAGUCGGAUCGGCGCCGCUAGCCGGUAACGUAUUGACAUUCAUGCGUUGUGCAUUAGGUUGCUUGGUGUUGGAGGGUUACGGUCAAACAGAGUGCACCGGCGCCAUCACGCUGACCGUACAAGGCGACUAUGUGCCGAAUCACGUGGGUCCUCCGGUGUCCUGCAACGCAGUCAAACUUGUGGAUGUGCCGGAGAUGGAAUAUUUUGCCAGCCAAAAUACUGGAGAAGUGUGCGUACGCGGUUCUAAUGUGUUCCAUGGUUACUAUAAAGAUCCCGAGAAAACUGCUGAGGCCGUCGACUCUGAAGGCUGGCAUCACACAGGCGACGUCGGCAUGUGGCUACAGAAUGGCACGCUACGCAUAAUCGAUCGCCGCAAGCAUAUUUUCAAGCUCAGCCAGGGUGAAUAUAUUGUACCAGAGAAAAUUGAGAACAUUUACACGCUGAGCCAAUAUGUAAAUCAGGUGUAUGUCUAUGGCGAAAGUCUCAAGAGCUGCGUCAUAGCUGUUGUCGUGCCUGAUGUGGAUGUGCUCAAGCAGUGGGCCAAUGAGAAUCGUGUUAGGGGCACACUAUCUGUGCUGUGUAAUAACCCACAAGUGAAGGAGCUCAUCAUGGGCGAUAUGUUGAAUUGGGGAAAACAGAGCGGACUUAAAUCCUUCGAACAGGUAAAGGAUAUCUACUUACAUCCCGAUCCAUUUUCCGUGCAAAAUGGCCUAUUGACACCCACAUUCAAAGCAAAGCGACCGCAAUUGAAGAGCUACUUCAAGCCUCAGCUAGAUGACAUGUACAAACAUUUAGAUUAAAUUUAAGAUACAACUGUAUUCCGUUUUCUAAAUGCAUUAAGCUGAGAGGAGUACUUGAUGAACGAGUGCAGCGCGUGCGCUAAGUGUAUUGAAUGAUGGCAAAAAAUAUGCCUAAAGGGAAGAUGCACCACGAAAAUGAGGAUAGUCGUAUCUACAACAUAAAUCUUAUUCCUGCUCAGUUAAAUUAAGAAUGGGAGAGACCCUUGAUAGCAAAAAGUUCACAAAAGUUACAAGAAAAUUUACAUAAGUAUGUAUUUUAAAAAGCUUAAAACCUAUACAGUGUUUGAAAUAUGCGAUUUCGAGAUUUCGAGAGAGAAACACUAGUCGAUCAUAAAAUAGUUAAUUUCACCGCAGUUUAAAUAUUUAUAAAAUAUAUAUGUAUUUCAAAUAGCCAGAUUGAAAAAAAAAACAAUUUAAAUUUUUAACCACACUCGUCGUUAGGGCACUACAAUUCAUACAAAAUAUGUGUACUGUAAAAAGGAAGUAUGGAGUAGCAUAUAAAUGGGGGUAAGUGUAUGUACAUACAUACAUAGGUACACGGGAAAAUAAAAGUAAACCAGCAGUAUGAUUUAGAAAUUUCAUAAAACGGAAUACUGCAAAUAUUCUGAAACUCUCAAUUUUCGACCACCUCAA